UUUUGUUUUGUUUCAUUAUGAUAUUUUGAUUCACCAAUGCAGGGGAAGUUAUGAGAAAAGAAUCUACUGUUGACUCUAUGAAGGCAAUUCCUCCCCUAGACUUUUGUACUGUUAAUCAAUUGACAAUUGGCUUCUUCACCGGAACUGAGAAAGACCCAUCCUUUGCUAACUCAAGAUGAGUACAAUUUUUCCCGAGGUUGGAAGAGCAAUUCAAUUUGUUUUUUGGAGGAAUAAAUGCAACAUUACUUGUUCCAACUAAUUUUGUGAGAUGGGUAAAUUCAGGAGUUACCUUGAUUAAUCAGUAUGCUGCUUGGCAGAACUAUUGCACUUUCGCUACCAUAUUGACCAGAUUAGAUAAUGCUGUUGAAACAACAGAAGGACUUGCCACGUUGCUAUUCAGAGUGAUGAAUAAUUACCCUAAAAUAUUUGUUCACUUUGCUGAUAUGACAACAGGAUUUACUAACCAGGACUGAUCCAAAAUGUCGAAGGCUGCUGGAGGAAUCUUUUCUCUUGUAUUUGAUUUUAAUGUUCCUGAGGACGUGAUAUAAUUUGAUGUAAAAUUUGAUAACUACAUUCA